AAAAAGCUGCAGCAUUUUCAUUCGGUACCCCUGGAGUAUCCACUCCUCUUGCUACGUCUUCAUUUAUGUUCGGUACACCUAGUUCGAACACCAAUGCAUCUGAUGUCUCUAGCAAGUCGUUCUCUUUUGGACAAACAGCACCUGUUCGGGCUACAACGCCUCCCAAAGAUGAGCAGGAAGUGCAGAUGGAGGAAAGUCCAACGAGGGAAAUGAAUAUGAACGGAAAUGAGAAGCUAGCAGACCGACCAACUCUUGGUUUCUCAUUUGGAACAUCUGGUUCAUCCAUGGAAGGAACUUCUGGGAGGCCAUCAUUUGGCCAGAAUCAAACGAGUUCACCAGGGUUCAAUUUCGGGACACCAGCUGCCAAUCCAUUUGGAGCGAAAGCUGAAGCCAAAACAGAAAAUAAGCCUGCACCUUCCUUUGGUGGCUUUGGUCAGUCCUUAACUAUCCCUGGCUUCUCUUUUGGUUC